CUACGUACUACACUCUCUUUCUUUUCUUCAUCGAAGAUAUUCUAAGAGAAAGGCAGCAAAUUUCCCUUGGUCUCGACUCUUCGAAGCUAAAACCCCACUCUGGCCAUUCGUGCUUAAAUCGCACCCCUCCAAUAAACGAAUCACCCCUGACCGACUCCCGCGGCAUCGCUGUUUCAGGCGGGACGUCUUGCGCUCUCUCUUGUCAUCGCCCGUUGACCUCCUAUUAUUCGGUGGCCCUUUCUCGACCUCCUUUGUUUCUAUCGUUUUUUUUCCUUGAUAAGAUCUUCUCCAUCUCCAAUCAACCCGCCCAGUCCGGUUGUGAAUCGUCGCUGCCUUGCGCAUUGCUGGCAAAAUGAGCGCACCUCAACAAACGACUCUUUCGUACUAUCCACCGGGCGUCUCGCUGGGCCCGCAAGCCUCUCCCUCUCCUUCUCGCCAGCAGUUUCCUGUCAAUCUAGGCUCCAACAACCCCUUUCGCACCCGUACUCUGUCUCCCUCUAGCUCUAUCACCUCAGGAGGCCGACCUGAACGACCGAAGUCGACAAAUCCUUUCCUUGAUGAUACAGAACCUAUUUCCCCUCAAUCAGCUCCAAGCAAUUCCCUGAUUGACCAACAAGACAUGACGCAGAAUACGCGCGACCUUUUCGAGAACCUUUCGCUGAACCCGGCUCCGAAAACCAAUGGAAUGCGACCAGCACCCCCGCGGCCUGAGAAACCGUCGCAAAAUGGGCCGUUGAAAAGUCGGCCACCCCGCCCCACGAGGGAACGCUCUGAAGGCGCAUCGGAUGACCCCUUUAACAUCUUCGCAGAUCCCCCGUCCAGACCUAAGCCUAGUGGAUCCGGAUCUCGAUCUCGAGAUAGAGAGAGACGACCUCGUCGAAACUCUGAAUCAUCCAUCAUGGAACGGAGGCCAAAGCUAAUCGAUGACGAUGAUGAGCGACGACGACGCGAAAGGCGCCGACGGGAGCGAGAACGCGAGGGUCGCCAUAAGGAUGGCAAGUCUAGUUCGCGAAGGGGCAACUACCAGCUCGAUAUCAUUGAUAAACUGGAUGUCACUAGUAUCUACGGGACUGGGAUGUUCCAUCAUGAUGGACCAUUCGAUGCGUGUAACCCCAACCGCAACCGCAAAGGCCAGCGCGCUGCCCCUAUGCAGGCAUUCCCAGAAAACUCGACAAACAUGGCUCUCGGUGGUGCCGGUCCGAAUAACGACAAAAUAGAUCUUGAUCGUUUCCAUGGCAGAAUGGAGGAAGGAUACAAUGACUUUGCUUCUACUGGCAUAGAUCGAAGCAAAACGGAAGGCGGGUCAUUUGAUCCCACGUCGCGCAUCGAACCAAUUCACGGCGCAGUGACGAUGGGCUUAGGCACCAGUACCUUCUUAGACGGAGCUCCUGCCAGUCGUGCGGCAAUCCGUGAGAAUCAGAAUGAACAGAACGCUCUUAAUGGCUCGGGCGGCUUGCAGCGGAAAAAGAGUCUUGCACAGAGAAUCCGUGGUGGUAUCAACCGCCCCAACCCUCGGGUCACAUCUCCGCAGGCUGCAUACGGGUCACCUCACGCUUCCACCUCCCCACGCAAUGAGAAGAACCCAUUCUUUCAGGAUUAUGAUGAUGCUUGGGAUAAGAAAGGUGCUCGCAUUAACUCGGAAGAACCACGUGCUGUUCCGGAAACUGGCCGGGUCCGCUCAUCCAGCAGUCCUAAGCAAACGGUUUCUUCAUUAGAACGACGGCAUACUGAUGAUCGAUCUAAUGGGGUUGAUGAAAACAAGAACGCAGGUGGAGGUGGUUUCAUCAGUCGCAUGAAGAGCUUGCGCAAACCGCCUCAACCAAAGAGACGUGUCACCGAUGACUGAACCGUUAAAUUAUAUUUCCUACGCUGCCAGAUAACGUGUUUGUACCUGUCGUUGACAGAAAAAACCAAACGGGUUGAGUGCGUCCAGUCGGCACUCAUGACAUCAAUCCCGUCGUUGAUGCCGGUCGAGAUAUUUCUAAGGUGUGCUACUGUACGAACGCUACGUAUCCAGUUCUACAGAACUACCAUUCGCCUUGGAGCAAUGCAUUGAAUGUACCUUACAUGCGACUUAUCAUCUCGACGCAAUCUGUUAUCACAAAUACCUAGCAUGGCGGAAAACUGGUGGACACGGUGCAAUGACAUUUUGUCUUUUACUUCUGUUCUUUGCAGGCUUUCAAGAGCGCAUUGAAUCAAGGGAUGGUUGGGCGUUUGAUGAUAUCUGAUUCGGUUCGACAGCUCGUGGUUGGAAAUUGGUAUGAGGCUGGCCUUAUGUGUUUCUCACCUCUCUUCACUCCAUCUUUUUUGUGCAUUCCAGCUAGCUAGCUACCUCGAAAUGAUUGCACUGCGUUCAUAG